GCACAGCUCGCUCGUCAUCUGGGAGUCGGUCGAAAGUACCUUCCAGAGCUAGCAUAAUCUCGGUGCGUUCUCCGAAACGUCGUCACCAAUCUGGAUUUGUGACAGACCCAUGGAUUCCAUUCCUAGUGAAGGCUGAGAAAGACAAACACUCUUGUUUGUGUUGAGGUUGAGCUCGAAAUUUGCUGCUGUCAAAGCGAGAACCGUCGUUAUGCGCCGCAACUCCUCCUUGUUGUGUACGAACAACGCGCAGUCGUCCGCAAACAACAUACGGAUGGUUGUCUCACGCACUAGGGUUCUCGCCUCGGAACGAUGUAAGUUCAGCAACCCACGAGUACUACAGUGCUCGAGACGGACACCGUUAUCACAAGCAUUAAAAGCACACGAUGUCAUGGCAGAGUCUAAGACACAGUCUGGUUUCACACCAUAGACAACAGUGAAGUCAUCCGAGGUCUGCUCACACAGCUGUACCGUCGUUUGCAUACUGCUCUGCAGGCAUUUAAUCAAAC